AUUGCAUUGCGCGAAACAAUAUGGCGAAGACGACGGAGGAAAGCCAAACUUGAUGAUAGAAACGGGAUUAAAAACGGACAAAAGGACGCUCAUUAUCAUUGACUAACACCGUGAAUUUAAUCUUUAAAGACUCAAAAGUCACCGAAGGUCCAGGCUCGCUUAAAAGGCGCCAUUUUAGGGCUACGGAGACAUCGAGGGCAGCAACUGAACAGCUAAACAGUCAGCGACAGUGGAUUAACAAAUUUGAUUCACAAAUGGAGGACCUUCCUAUGAAAGAGGAGAGUGAAACUGUCAGCAUCAUGGGGUCAUCUGAAGUGGAACAGCCUGAAAGCAAUCCAGGCAGCUCUGUCAAGGAGGACCAAUUCAAGAAACCCAGUGAUAAAAAACCUAAAAAAAGUUAUACCUGUGACCAGUGUGGGAGGACAUUUCAUGGAUCAGAUGCUUUUAGUUCCCACCAGAAAAUCCACACUGUAGGGAAGCCUUACUCUUGCGACCAGUGCGGGACGAGUUUCCUACAUAUCGGUAAACUGAAGAUUCACGAACGGAUCCAUGCUGGAGAGAAGCGGUUUUACUGCGAGUAUUGUAAGAAGGGGUUUUUUUAUUCCAAUGAUUUGAAGAAACAUCAGAGAAUCCACACCGGAGAGAAGCCGUAUACCUGCGACGAGUGUGGGAAGAGUUUUAAUCAGUCAGGUUGUUUGAAGUCACACAAGAAGGUCCACACUGGAGAGAAGUCUUUCUGGUGUGUGGAGUGUGGGAAGGGGUUCAGUCUAGUCAGUGGGCUGAAUAGUCACAAACGGGCCCACACUAAAGAGAAGCCUUACUCCUGUGACCAGUGUGAUAGGAGGUUUUUUAUGCCCGGUGAGUUGAAGACACACAUGAGGAUCCACACUGGGGAGAAGCCUUACUCCUGUGACCAGUGUGAGAAGACGUUCCGUCUGUACAACCAGAUGAUGGCUCACAGACGGGUCCACACUGGAGAGAAGCCCUACUGGUGUGAGCAAUGUGGGAAGUUUUUCCGUCAGUUACAACACUUGAAGACACACAAGAAACGUCACAGUGCAGAAAAGCAACGACAGAAGUCUGACUCACCAUGAGAUGAUAAAUCACCUUUUUAUACAACCUUACUGUCUGUAGAUUCCAUGUUAAGUUCUGUAAAUUAGAAAUAAAAUUUGU